AUCGCAAUCACCAAAAUGCAGGCGCUCCUACUCCCAUCGCGGCUGCCGCUGCCGCCGCCGCUGCUCCGGCGAGGGGCGCUUUCAGCGGCCGCAUCCCUCUUCAGCCCUCCUCUCCACGGCGCUACCCUCCCUACUGUGCGCCUCUGCUGCGGGGGCGGCGAAGGCGCUCUGCGGCGCCUCACUGUGGCGGCGGCGUCGUCCUCGUCGGGCCCUCUCUACCCGACGCCUCCUCCUACAGAACAGACAAUUGAGCGUGCCAAGCUCGAGCAGGUUAUCAAGAGACUAGAGAAAACAGCAAGAUAUUUCAAGAAUCUGGGUUCCUUAGGGUUCUGGUCCCAGUUGGUGUGCACAUUUGUGUCAGCUGGAAUUUUGUCAUUCUCUACGGUUGUUACUGGGAAGGUGACAUCACCCUUUACAUUCUAUGCAACUGCUGCUGGUAUUGUCGCGGCCUUUAUUUCAGUCUUCUGGUCGUUUGGUUACAUCCGUCUUUCUGAAAGACUUCGGAAAACAGCAAGUGCGCCCGCAAAGGCUCCUCCACGUGCUGAUGUGAUUAAAAGUCUGAAAAAUGGCAUUGUGCUCAACAUUCUUGGGAUGGGCGCCGCUGUUCUUGGCAUGCAGGCAACUGUUGGUGGUUUGGUAGCCAAAGCUCUUACGACCUCUGCAGUCCCCAAUUUUCAGGCAACUUCCUCUGGCCAAAGUCCUGUUCUGGCCCUGGAUGUGUUCCUAGUUCAGGCUUCAGCGAACAUCAUCCUGUCGCAUUUCCUUGGGCUGGCGAGCUCCCUGGAGCUGCUCCGUUCCGUGUCAAUCCCUCCGACCGAAGCUGCUCCAGCAUGAGCCAAGAGCGGCUGGCUGCUGUAUUUCCUUUUUUCACUGACUGUGCAUAGGAAUAGCUUGGCGCGUGUGACUGUAUGUUUCAGCUGACAUGUUAAAUCAGCAAUUCGGGCUGGUAGUUUCGCGCUUUUGGAUUCAGAGCGUGAUUCGGGUGAGCAGCAGCUCUGCUUAAAGACCCUUCAUGAGUU